AUGACGAGGAGGUGUUCGCAUUGCAGCCACAACGGGCACAAUUCUCGGACCUGUCCGAAUCGAGGGGUGAAGCUGUUUGGUGUCCGAUUGACUGAUGGCUCCAUCAGAAAGAGCGCCAGUAUGGGGAACUUGACCCAUUAUAUGAAUGGAGGAACUGGGACUCCCCAAAAUGGAGUGGCUCAUGAUUCUCUGUCCGAAACCCACGAUCAUGCCUCCGGUGCUGCCGAUGGCUAUGCCUCCGAGGACUUCGUUGCUGGGUCAUCUUCCAGCCGAGAAAGGAAGAAAGGCAUUCCAUGGACUGAAGAGGAACAUAGGAUGUUUUUGCUUGGUUUGCAAAAGCUUGGCAAAGGUGAUUGGCGAGGAAUUGCGCGGAAUUAUGUUCUCUCUAGAACACCUACGCAGGUGGCUAGCCAUGCCCAGAAAUAUUUUGUCAGGCAAUUUAAUGUGUCUAGAAGAAAAAGACGCGCCAGCCUCUUUGACAUUGUGGCAGAUGAAUCGGUGGACACUCCAGUGGUAUCAGAAGAUACUACUGGAGUGCCCCCACAGGCCGAGACGCAAAACAGCACCUACCUACCUCCUCCUGCUGCAGAUGAAGAAUGUGAAUCAAUGGAAUAUGCAAACUCCAAUGAUGGUGAAGCCAUGCUUCCUACGCCAGUGGGCUCAAAAUACUCUUACUCAGUUGUAUGCCCAGCUUAUGUCACUCCAUAUUUUCCGAUGUCCUUUCCCUUUUUGCCUGGCUACAGUGUGGAGGCAGUGAAGGAAGAAACCCAUGAAGUGCUCAAGCCGACAGCUGUUCAUUCAAAGAGCCUAAUUAAUGUGGGUGAGCUGAUAGGCAUGUCAAAACUAAGCUUAGGAGAAUCCCUUGGUGAUGCGAGAAAAUCUACCCUCUCUCUAAAAUUGGUUGAAGGCUCCACAAGGCCAUCUGCCUUCCAUGCUUCGAGAAGUUCAUGCAUGAACUCGAGCCACAGCCCUAUCCAUGCUGUUUGA